GAGGGAGAGUUUUUGUUUCCCUCCCCAUACGGGAUGGGUAUGCUCCAGCAGUUCCCGGGCAGGAGGCCAUAGAGGAAGAGGCUGCGAUGAUGGGAGCUCACAGCGGGGCUUUGUUAGAGCUCAGCCCUGAUCAUCGAAAUGGAUUUUUGAGAGUCUCGGGUCCAGGGCCGACGCUAACCUCUGGGGCCUUUAAUAGGAGAGGAAGGAGCACCAGAGUCGCCUAACAAGGGACCAAGCUCUUCCCUGUCCCUAAGAAAGGGUGGAGCCCCUGUGGCCCCUUGGAACGGACUGCUAGGAUGGCCAUGGGGGUGCAGGAGCAGUAUGAGCCUGUAGCCGAGAUUGGGAUCGGAGCUUACGGCACUGUCUUCAAGGCCCGUGACCUGCAGAGUGGAAAAUUUGUGGCCCUCAAGAACGUGCGGGUGCAGAACAGCGAGAAUGGGCUGCCCCUCUCGACGGUCCGUGAGGUGGCCCUGCUGAAACGGCUGGAACACUUUGACCACCCCAACAUUGUCCGGCUAAUGGAUGUUUGCACAACGACACGGACCGAGCGUGAGACCAAAGUGACACUGGUCUUUGAGCACGUAGAUCAGGAUCUGAAAGCGUAUUUGGAAAAAACGCCACCUCCUGGCUUACCAGUGGAGGUAAUAAAGGACAUGAUGCAUCAGUUCUUGAGUGGCCUGGAAUUCUUGCAUUCAAACUGUAUCGUUCAUCGUGACCUCAAGCCAGAGAACAUCCUGGUGACCAGCUCUGGUCAAGUCAAGCUGGCUGAUUUUGGACUGGCUCGUAUCUACAGCUGCCAGAUGGCUCUGACACCACUGGUCGUCACCCUCUGGUACCGUGCUCCAGAAGUGCUACUCCAGUCAGCCUACGCUACCCCUGUGGACUUGUGGAGUGUUGGUUGCAUCUUUGCAGAGAUGUUUCGAAGGAAGCCCCUCUUCUGUGGCAACUCUGAAGCUGACCAGCUGGGCAAGAUGUUUGAUCUGAUCGGGCUCCCAUCUGAGGAGGACUGGCCACUGGAUGUGUCUCUGCCACGCUGUGCCUUUGCUGCCCGCUCCCCACAGCCUGUUGAAAAGUUUGUGUCAGAAAUAGAACCCCUGGGAGCUCAGCUGCUUUUGGAAAUGCUGACGUUCAACCCAUAUAAGCGUAUCUCUGCCUUCAAAGCAUUGCAUCAUCAGUACUUUCAAGACAAGAGCGCAGGUGAAGGCUAGCAUCCCAGCAGUUCCCUUGCGGGGGGGGGGACUAUAUACAAAAAAAGACUUUGCCAUGUGUAUAAUCUGCACCCCACCAAGAAGCUGCAGUCAAGACAGUCUCCCAAGCUGUGCUGGGAUUUGGGGGGGGGGCAGAGCUGUUGCCAACAUGCAUAAUGGAAAGGUGCAUGUUGCAGGAAGGCAACACUGAAAUCCUUCCCACCCUGGAAAUGCUAGGAUUCCAAUGGUAUUUCUGUGCUAACACACAUGCACACACACUCUCUCUUACUCUAUGUUCCUGGGUUGAUCCCCAGUGGUGUUCUUGAAGGUCAGUUCCUGUUUAGGAGAGCCCAGUUUGAGGGUUCUCACUCAGUCGUCUGUGGGUUCUUUGCCAAAGGUGUCUACGAUAACUUUUUUUUUUAAAUAAAAACUUUUAUAACCGUUUACACACAAUAAUGUUGCUGCCUUUUCUCAUAUUCCUGUGGCUAACAGUUGGACACUAAAGCCUUGCCGUAACUCAUUACUGAGCUUCAUGAAAACAGGAGCAAAGGAUAUUUUUGUACGAAGUAUUCACAAUUAUUAUUUGUUUCAAAUUGCCAAGACACUGGUCAGGACAGACCUACGUUAUUGGGUAUCUGAGCAGUGGAGAUGCUAGAUGGAGAUCAAUUAUAUCUGCUUGACUAUCUCUCACUGAUGUGGAGCUUUUUUUAAAAAAGAGAGCUUCUAAAAGCAAAAUUUCAAUAAAGAAUAUGGGUAGGGGCCAGGCAAGUUUAGCCUGGACUUUUCCCUUUCCUGUCUCUUGAAAA